GUUCAAAACCGGCAGCUACUGCAAUAGCGCACCUCGAGCCGGCAUUCGCGAGUUGACGAACCUCCGGUGCGUUCACACACAUACACGAUAUCCAACAUACAAGACAGGAGAGAGAGACAGAGAGAGAAUUGGAGAGAGGCGUCGUACGCUGAGGAAGAGUUACAGAGAGAGAGAGAGAGGCAGACCGAAACGAGAGGAGUCGGGCCAGACACAGGAGGAUCGGAAAGAGAGGAGCUUCGAGGUCCGAAAAUAUUGGGGGCUGUGAGGGAGUACAGGGUUUCGUCGGAUGGAGACUGUGAACGGCGUCUCGGAGGGCGGUCCGCCGCCCCCGAGUCCUCUGACCGGAUGCUAUCUCCUCAUCGUCAUCGGGGAACCUCACUCGCAGGAACACAAGGACAUCAUCCUCAGACGAGUCGCCAAAGGAUUAUUGUCCUGGGAUGUGAACAGUUGCUUGGUCGAUCUGGAGAAGGAGUUGAAGAUUAUCACAGAUUUAGCGCUCGAUGGAGAGGAGGCGAGAUAUGGUGAAAGAUUGAUACAGUAUGCAUCGGAAAAUUUGGUGACUGAGAUCCUGAUCCAUCCUGCAGUGAGCACGUUGUCGCAGUGCGUGAGGAAUUUGCUGAGCAGCUUCACUCGCCACAGGCACAUCAUUCAUACCGGAUACACGUUUGGAGCGAAUGGCUCGUGGGCAUUGCAGGAUGGAACGUUCUCGCUCGCCGACUUCUCAGAGGCUUUCCAAGAGCUCGAGGUACAGCGCGUCAUCAGAGCGUACGAGAACAGCAUCACCGUCGAUCUGCAUUGCGCCCCCGAGGGGGAUUGGUCCAGGUUGCCGAAGGAGAGUUUCGCGAAGAACUGCAAGGUGCGCCUGAAUCCCGUCGAUGUGCUUGCCUCGGGCAGCCCAUCCAUCGGGAACUUCCUAAAUUAUAUUUCUCCUUUCCUAAUCCCAAUGGAUAUUGAAACGGCGCUCGAGAGUUCCGAGGUCGUUGGCAAUAUCAGAUUCUCGCACCCCACGCUCUACGUUUUCCCGGGAGGUCAAGGAGACGCGGCGCUUUUCGGCAUCAACGGCUUCAAUAUGCUGUUAGAUGGCGGAUUCUCGAGGAAAGCCUGCUUCUGGGACUUCGUGCGGCACUUGGAUCGAUUGGACGCCGUGCUGCUAACCAGAUUCAACAACAGCAACGUUUGCGGCAUCAGCUCCGUCCUCAAACGGAAACGUCAGAACGCCGUCUAUCCGCAAGUUGGCCACUUCUUUUCCAACAUUCAAGAACGUAAAGCGAUUCUUAGCCCGGACGGCGACAAGGACAAGGAUCCGCUGCUGAUCAAUCUUCUGGAUGAAGGUCACGACAUCGUCUCCAACUUGAAGCACCUGAAUCUGUCUCCGCAAGCUUGCUACCGUGACUCGGAGCCGAUCAACUUGUAUCACAAGGUCGGCCACGGCACCCUCGACAUGUACGUGCUGAGUCCUGCUAAAGAGAGCAAAGAGGUGCGAGAGUUCCUCCAGAAAUGGAACAGCAACGAUCAGAAACUUUUCUCGAAUGUGAAGAGCGGCAAAGAGUUCACAUUCCCGCUUCCAAAUCUUGUGUCAAUAUGCGCUUUACUCGUCUGGCAACCGUCCAAUCCGGAUGACAACAUAACCAGAAUCCUAUUCCCUGGAAGCACUCCACAGGCCAAAAUCUUCGAGGGUCUAGACCGCCUACGCCAAUUAGACUGCAUUAAAUAUCCCGUCUGCACUGAAAAGUCCUUACAGCCGCCCACCAUUAAGAAAAGCAAAGAUAAUAUUUUAGAUAAGAUUAUUCCCAUGCAACAAAAGAUAAUCCCCGACAAGAAAGAGCGACCCGCCAAGGUCCAAGAGAACAAACCGAAACUGGAUAACAAGAUCGAGAUCUCCGAGAGAAUCGUGAAGAAGACUGACUCCACGGACAGCGAAAGGAGUGUGCAGCAUAAGACCGAAGACAAAGUGAUCAACGGAAAGUCCGAAGACAAACCUAAGCCGAAAGUGAAAGAAUCCAAACCUAUCAAGAAGUUGGACGCUAAUAAAAUGGCGGAACGCAAAGCUAAACCGCUUGCUGAUAAGAAACCAUCGCCAACUACACCCAAGAAAACUUUAAACGGUGACGCCAAAGAACCGCUCAAGCAAAAACCGAAAAUAUCCCCAAGCUCUACUCCCGCUAAGAGCGCCAAAGAAGCAAACAACCGCAAGGUCUUGGAAUCCAAGAAACUUAAGAAGGAAACUCCGCCGAAACCGGCACCGGAGAAGAAAGAAGCUAAACCUGAGAGGAAGCCAAUUUCGCGGAGACCAAAGCCCGCUCCACCAGCUACCAAAGCUUCGACCGGAAGCCCGAUCAAGCGCGUCCAGAAACCAGAUAGCAUCGCCAAAAAGACUAAACUCGACAAAGAAGGCACAACUGACUCUAGUACUGUAAGUACCCCUUCAGCCGAUCAAGAAAAUAAGAAAGACAUAUCAAAACUCAGUCCGGAGGAUAUUGAGCAACUCAAGGCUCAGGAAUUGGCCGAUCUUAAGGAGGAACAGGAAGUGGUGCAGGAAAUCGAAGCCGUUUUCCGUAAAGGCGAGGAACGCGACACCGAUGAUACCGAACUCAGGAAAAUCAAGAACAUUUCCAUCGAGGAGAAAACCGAUCCAGAAGAAUAUCUCAUCGUUGAAAAAGAAGUUACCGAACCUGAACCAGCUCCAGUAGAAGCGGAAAUCAAAGAAGACGAAAUGCAGAAACACGCGAGAGACAGCGAAGAAUCAGAAAAGCAGAGGAAGUUGAGCGCUGAAAUCGCGAAACCUGAAGAGAAGAUUGAAGCAAUCAAGGAAGCGCAGAUCACCAGCCCCGAUGAUAAAUUUGAUAGCGACAAGAAAGCGGAAGUGCUUGAAUCGCAACCCGAUGAAAAAUUCUCGGCGACCGUUGAAUCUGGAGCGACAACUGCACCCACUCUUCCCGAAGACGAAAGGAUUCCACUGGACGAGAUCAAGGAAGUCGAGCACGUAAUUGAGGAGAAAUACGUUAAAGAGGAAACCAAAGAAAAGGAAGUUCCUAUCAUUCAAUUGCCAGCGAAAACCUUCGAACCUAUCCCCAAGUUAACUCCGGUCGUCGGCAUUCGUCUAGAUAAGCAGACUCACAUUCGAGACAUUGUCAAGACCCCGGACGAAGUAGCUGAUUUGCCGAUGCAUGAAGUUGCUGACCACUAUGAUUAUCAUCAAGAUGAUAUGAAAUCUCCCAAAGAUUCGCAAAAGAAAUUGGACGAUAUUCAAGCGCAAACGACAGCCGUAGUUAAGGAAGCGCUGCAUGAAGUCGUUACCGAAACUACGAAGGAACUUGCUGAAACAUUAAAGAAGACUGAAGAAAAGACUGCUACUGAACCAUUCCAAAAAGACAUAGUGAAAACCGUCGAAGAAACUAAGGAGGAAAUCAAGGGAAUUGUCGACGAAAUUAUUGAAGAAUCCAAGGAAAACGUGCAACAGUUAAUUGAUGAGACUAACGCUGCAAAAUUGGAAUUAGAAAAGGAUGCAUUAAAGAUGAAGGAUGAACCAGCAGAGUCAAAAACUGAAACAAAACCAGAAAUUGAAGAAGCCAAAGAUGAACUAAAAACUCAGGACGACAUCAAAGAAGUCGAUGAGAUUAUUAGUAAAGUAGAGGUGAAAGACAUUGCUGAAGAAAUUAAACCAAAAAUAGAUGAUACAGUCAAAGCUUCUACAGAAGAGAAAGAAGAAGUUGACAUUAAAGAAACUGACAAACAUGAAGUUGAAAAAGAAUCUAAAGAUAUAGAAAUUAAAGAAAAAGCUGAAGACACACAACCAGAUGAAGAUUCAGUAGAUACAACAGAAGCUGAGAAACAAGAUGAACAUGAAAUAACAAAGGAAUCUGCAGACUUAAAAGUCGUAGAUACUGAUAAAAUUGAAGAAGUUAAAGAGGAAAUCACAAAACCUGAGAAAGACGAUGAAGAGAAAGAAAAACAAGACUUAGAUAAAGAACCUGUUUCCGAUAUUAAGGACAAGGAAGUGGUGGAAGAGAUUAAAGGAGAAGACCAGAAAGAUCAAGAAAUUGUUUCUUCGGUUACAACAGACAAAGAGUUUACAUCUGAGAAGAAAUUACAAAAGGAAGAAAAAGAACUGGAUGAUAAAGAAUCCAAAGACGAAGAACUACCCUCUGAGGUAAAGGAUACAAAAUCAAUUGAAGAUGCUAAAGAUAUUGAGGAUACCAAAGAUAAGGAGUUUCAACUGCAAGAAUCCAAAGAUAUAGAAAAGGCAGUUUCUGUACAACAAGACAAAGAGGAGAAAGAUGACUCGGAUGUGAAAGAGACUAAAGACAAAGAUCUGCAUGAAGUAAAAGAUCAAGAAAAGCCAGCAGAAUUACAAGAAUCUAAGGAUACUGACAUUAAAGAAACUAAAUCAGAAGAUUUAGUUUCUGAAACUGUAUGUGAAUUGGAAAUCAAACCAAUUAAAGUUGAACCAAAAGAGAUCGAAGGUGUUCUGCUUAAAGACAGCACCAUGACAGUGGAAGUAAAGAAAACUAAAGAAGAAGUUGAGGAAUCUUUAGAAAAAGAAGCUGCAUCAGAUAUUAAAGAUCUGAAAGAUGAGUCUGAUGUUAAGAGUGCUGUUAUUCAUGAUGAUGAAAAGCAAAUUGAAACUCAAUUAGAACAACUUGAAAAAGUUGAUGUUGUUCCUGAACACAAAGAAGACAAGGAAGAAAUGAAAAAAGCUGAUAUUCAACCAGCUAAAGAUGCUUCUGAAGGUCUUGAAAAGGAAUCAGAAAAACAAGAAGAAAUUGUUAAACCUGCUGAAACAGAAAAAGUCGUAUGUGAAAUAGUUAAAGAGAAAGAUCUUCCAGAAAAAAUGGAUAUUUCCAAGCCUAAGGAAUAUGUAGUUGAAGAAACUAAAGAUGAAGACAAACCUGAUAUUAAAGAAUAUGUAUUUGCCAAAGUCGAUUCGAAAAUUGAAGAUAAAAUGAAAGAAGAUGAAAUCAAACAAGUUGAAUCAGAAGUUAAAGAUGAAAAAACUAAACCCGAAGAUAUCCAGGAUUUAAAACCAUCUGUAGUUGUCGAUGAUAAAGCAGAUAUGAAACAGAUGGAAGUCAAGGAAGAUGUUUUAGAAUCUAAAGAAACUAAACCAGAAUUGGCUGAACCAGAAACCAAAGAAGUUGAGACUAAACCCGACAUGAAAGAGAAAGAUGUUAAAGAGGACAUUUCCAUUUGUAAAUUGGAAACUAAAGAACAAGUCGUUGAAACUAAAGAUUUAAAAUCAGAAUUGGAAACUAAAGAAGUAAAACCAGAAAUGGAAAUAGAAGAAGAUAUUCCAGAAAAGAAAGUGACAAAAGAAGUUGUCGAAGUAAAAGCUGAAUCAGUAGUUGAAUCAAAGACAUCGGAAUUAGAUGUUAAAGGAUUGAAAGACGAUGAGCAAGACACUAAGAUAUUAUUGAAAUCUAAAGAAGUUACUUCAGAGAAGGAAGAAACUAAGCCACAACUAGAAACUAAAGAUAUUUCUGAAGGUAAAAAAUCUGAUGUUGAUACUAAAGAGUAUCUUCCGGAAAAGGAAGAAAUUAAAGCAGAAUUGGAAACAAAAGAAAAAGUCUGCGAGUUGAAAGAUAUGAAACAAGAAUUGGAAACUAAAGAAGAAGUAAUGGAAAAGAAAGAAGAGAAACCAGAAAUGGAAAUCAAAGUAGAUGUCAUGGAGAAGAAAGAUACUAAACCAGAAUUGGAAACAAAAGCAGAAGACAUUGGCGAAAAACAAAUUAAAGAAGAAUUAGAAACUAAAAAAGAAAUAAUGGAAGAGAAAGAUGUAAAACCAGAAUUGGAAAGUACAGAAGAAGUUAUGGAGAAGAAAGACACUAAACCAGAAUUGGAAACUAAAGAAGAAAUCGUUGAGAAGAAAGAAAUUAAACCAGAAUUGGAAACUAAAGAAGUCGUAGAGAAGAAAGAUACUAAACCAGAAUUGGAAACUAAAGAAGAAGUCACAGAGAAGAAAGAUACUAAACCAGAAUUGAAAGCUAAAGAAGAAGUCGUAGAAAAGAAAGACACUAAGCCAGAAAUGGAAACUAAAGAAGAAGUCGUAGAGAAGAAAGAUUCUAAGCCAGAA